UAUUGGUAUUAAGUAUUAGCCUAACAAUUAACUUGAAAAUAAUUAAGAAAAAAAAAUGGCUCAAAGAACAUCAAAAAACAAGAAAAAAAAUCAGCUUCCAAAUGAAAAACAAUUAGCCACCACUAAUUACCCUCCACCUCCAAAGUUAUGGCCUAAUCUUCCCCAUAAGCUCAUAAACAUCAUUUCAAAACAACCAAAUCUAAUGCAAAACAUCACUUCUUUUGGUGGUGUCACCAAAUCAUGGAAACCACCCUCAAGGCACUUCAAUUGCACCACGAAUACCGAAGACCCGAUAAUUAAAUGGGCCCAACUAGUCGAAAUCAACGGCAAAAAGCAACAAAAGACGCGCUCGCACUUCGCCGAAAUCUCGUUCCAAUACACGAGAAAAAAAUCACCCAAGAAUAGAUGCCCGGGAAUUUGUUUCAAGGGCCAUUCUCACGGGCACGUAGUCGUUAUUGGAAAAGAUAAGUCUAGUUGCUAUAUAUGGGAUCCUGCGGGCGGGGGCAAUAUGGUCCUUCCACCUUGGGACACUAAUCUUUCUUUCAAGAUUUGCACCUUAUCGUCAUCUCCGAAGGGCGCAAAUAGUUUCAACGUGAUGGUUUUAACGGGCACUAAAUCUCCGGCUUUCGCGUUCUAUAGAUGGGGGGAAAUUAGUAGCAAUAAUAGGAGGGAGUGGAUUAUUCAAGAAUGCUAUAUUAAGGAACCGUAUUCUCCCGGCGAAAAUAUGAUUAUAACUAACGGGAUCGGAUUCGGAGGGAAAUUCUACGCGUUGAGCUCGCAAGGGAGCGUCGUCGCGAUCGAAGACGUCGAUUCUUGUUUUAAAACGACGAGAGUCGGCGCGAGAAGAAGUGUGCCCUCGGGAGUCUCGAUGCGGUUUCGGGAGUAUUUGGUCGAAUCGGACGGUGAGAUUUUGCUCGUUUUUCUUGUGUCAAGACAAUGUGUUGAUGUUGUUGAUGAUGUUGAGGUGUUUAGGCUUGAUAUUGAUAUAGGGUUUUGUGGAUGAAAAUUGAAAGUAUUGGAGACCGGACUUUGUUUCUUGAGGAUGAAUGUUGUAUGGAGGUUGAUGCAAGAAAAAUAGGGUGUAAGAAGAAUUUGUGUUUAUUUUGCUUAUCAUAGGGUUGAUAUGUGGUGGGUUUUUGAUAUGGGAAGUGGCAAAAUUUCGCCAGCUGGAAAUGUAAUUAUGUGUUAGCUAUUUCUUAGUCAAUGUUUAAU